AUGAGAUUCUUCGUCAUCGGUGGCAGUGGUCGCACCGGGCAGCUCGUCAUUGACGAGGCCUUAAAGAAAGGACAUCAAGUGACGGCUUUGGUCCGAAAGAGCGGUUCUCUCAGCGACCGGGAGGGUCUCAGCAUCUCCCUAGGCUCUCCUGCCAAUGAGGCCGACAUCUCAAAGGCGAUUGCCUCUAGCCCUUCUGCGAUAGACGUUGUACUUGUCACUCUCAGUGCACGAAGACUUACCGACAGUCCCUUUUCAGCGCCCGAUCCAAACUCGCCGCCAGAUUUCAUGACCAGCUGCGUCAAGAACACCCUGUCCGCGAUGCGAGCUGCCGCACAGCCCAUCCCGAAAAUAGUCGUCAUGUCCUCCGUCGGUACAGCAGAGUCUAUGAAAGGCGUCAACUUUCUCAUGCGUAUGGUGUUCACUCACACCAAUAUGCGCUUUAGCAGAGCGGAUCACGAGGGCGUGGACAGGGAACUUCGAGCCGCUCGGGACAUCAAGAUUGUUGAGGUCCGGCCUUGGAUGCUGACGGAGACCGAGGCGGCAGAGGUCAAAGUAUACCCUGAUGAUGGGACUGGAUCUGGGUUCAUGCCGAAGAUUUCUCGUUCCAGUGUGGCUCAAUUUAUGAUCGAGGCAGCCGAGGGAUCACAAUACGAUGGGAGGGCACCGGUUAUCAGUAACUAA